UCUACCCAUGCGCAGAAAUUUAAUAAACAAAAAUGGAUCCGCGGAAAACAAGUAUUUUUCCCGCUUUUAAUGUAAUUCCAUAUCCACAUCGACCCCGAAUUUUUUUUACGUAAUGGACAAGUUGGAUCGAUUUAUCAAGCUAGCCAAAGCCGGAGAAGGAACCUACGGGGUCGUCUAUAAAGCCAAAAACAAAGUGACUGGAAAAAAAGUUGCUCUCAAAAGGAUUAAAUUGGAAAAAUUUUAUCACAAAGGAGACUCAGAGGGCGUACCACCUACCGCAAUUCGUGAAAUCAGUUUACUGAAAGGUCUCAGACAUUCGUCCAUUGUCGAACUUCUAGAUGUCAUGCAAACGACAGACAAACUAUAUCUUGUAUUUGAAUACUUAGAUUUAGAUCUAAAGAAAUACAUUGACAGUGUUAAACGACCUAUGGAAGCCGAGUUGCUCAGGAGUUACAUGAGACAACUAUUAGACGCUUUGGCGUAUUUACAUUCGCACAGGAUCCUCCACCGCGAUCUGAAACCUCAAAAUUUACUGGUGGACCGCGAGGGACACAUCAAAUUAGCGGAUUUCGGGUUAUCGAGGUCUUUUUCGCUACCGACUAGAACCUACACUCACGAGGUUAUCACCAUUUGGUACAGAGCACCGGAAUUGUUGUUGGGCACGAAGAUGUACUGUCCCGGAAUUGACGUUUGGAGUUUGGGAUGCAUCAUGGCUGAAAUGUUAACGAAAAAAGCGUUGUUCCCGGGCGAUUCCGAAAUAGAUCAAAUGUACAAAAUAUUCAAGAUCAUGGGAACGCCGACUGAAGAAAAUUGGGAAGGCGUUUCAUUGUAUCCCGAUUACAAACCGACUUUCCCCACAUGGAAAGCAAUCGAUCUAAGCGACAUCAUUAGAUUUCACAAUCAGGAAGAGGAAGAUUUCAUACUGCAUAUGUUGACGUACAACCCUUCGAAGAGAAAGACUGCGAAAGAGUUACUGAAGAUGAAUUAUUUGAAGGGUACGAAACUUACUUCACCCGAAUUAGAAGCGUUUCCAUCGGACGAAGAGCAGUCAGAUUAAAUAUAUUUUAUGAUCAACUUUUGUUUACAAUCAUUUUUAUAUAAAAUAAUUAAUUUUAGAAAAGCGAAUCAAUAUAAUUUAUAAGAAACCAAUAUUUUAUACAGAAUGUAAUUUUAUUAAUAAUUGAGUUUUAAAACAAGUG